CGUUUUUUUUUCGCCGUCUGCUUCCCCUUCCGUCCGCUGCCCUCCUCCUCCCCUCUCUCUCUCGCUACCGUCGCUCCCAGAGAACUGUUGGGCCGCCGCCGCCCUAGGCCAGGUGCUGAGGCGGUCCUUGGUCUCUUCGCCGGCGACGAGCACCCACUAGGCGUCAAAAUUAACUAGCUCUGCCACUGGGGAAUGGGGACAGGAGGAGAACGAGAGGAUGGUGAAGGGGAGGCCCAAGCCGACGCCGGUCAAGGCGGCUGCGGAAGUGAUCUUUGACCCGUUGGCCUCCGGUGCCCGGAAGCCCCGCCACCCUGGGGCGCCGUCGGCCAGCAAAGAGAGGCACAGCUUCAUGGGAUCGAGUCUCUCAGAUAUGUAUCGGGAGCCAGUUUUGGAGAAAUCUGCUGACACAUCUGAUGAGGAGCCUGAGAUUGAUAUCAUGAAGUUGUUGAAAGAUGUUGAGCUCAUUGGUGCCCCUACAUUUAAGGGACGAAAGCAAAUCGAGAACCGUAGAGUGGUUGAGUUGGGUGGAAAGGCCGUUAAGAAGCAUCGCACACCGUUAAGUGUCGCGAAGCCAGCUCUGAAGAAUCAGAAGAAAAGAGAACUAAAGAAAAUGGAAGAGGAAAAACUGCUUGGGAUCUUUAGGAAGAGGGACAAGAAUACCAAAGCUCAGAAGACUAGACCAGAGGACCGAGUUCUUAGGGCCACAGAAGGGCGCUUUAAGAAUGGUAUACUGGACGUCAAGCAUCUUCUGUCGCCACCAAAACCAUCAGGCAGGGAUGCGCCAGAACCCAAGAUGAAAAUGGGCAAGCACAAGGGGAAGGGUAAACAAAAGGGGGGCAGAAGGAAGAGACGUUGAAGAAGAAAACACAUUUUUUUAGUAACCAGGUUUUGUAACCCAAGAUGAAAAUGGGCAAGCACAAGGGGAAGGGUAAACAAAAGGGGGGCAGAAGGAAGAGACGUUGAAGAAGAAAACACAUUUUUUUAGUAACCAUUGUUUGUAACGUUGGAAUGACACCAUGUGGUCGUUCUGAAAUUAAGACAUUUCCUUACGCUGGUGGAAACUUUGAAGUAAUCCUUGAAAUGAUGUAAUCCUCUAGGACGCAAUUCAUAAAAAAAAGGUAUUUCAGUUUUAUGCCCUUCAAUCUUUGGGCUUGUACAA